AUGGACGGAACGUACGACACCAACAAUCUUGGUUUUUCGCUCUACCACUUAUUGGGAGUUGAUAACAACGGUGAAAACCAACCUCUCACACAGUUCUUUACCAAGACCGAAACGAAAGAAGCUAUCGUUGAGUUUCUGCGAAUAUUUACGGAGAAUAACGACGCAAGCAUCACAAAAGUCACCAUCACUGAUAAGGACUGCUCCGAGAUCGCAGCAUUGGAAGAGUAUUUUCCCGAGGCAACUCACAUUUUAUGCCAUUUUCACGUCCUUAAAGCGGUUGAUGCUCGUCUGAAUAAAAAGGUUGAUGGUAAGGGAUUAACUGAACAGUGCAAAGACAAAAUCCGCGAGCAUUUUCGAAAAGCUCUGUACGCAGAAACGGACGCUGCCUUUGAGCAUGAUAAACAGCAUUUGUUAAAUCAAGGUAAGGGGGAGGAGAGUCUUUCGUCGUACUUUCAGCUGAAUUGGUUUAACAUCGCACCAAAGUGGACGACUCUCGGGCGCCGUCACUUACCGACGUUUGGUAAUAACACAACAAAUCGUUUAGAAAGGUUCCACCAUAUCAUCAAGGAAAUAUUUCUAAAAACGAAGAGAUUAGAUCUAGUAAUACGUCAUCUUCUAGACAACAUCAAGUUAAGGAUGACGGAGAGAAAAUUGAAGCAAAAAAUUAGAGAGCUGCGCUUUCCCCACAAAAACACCAAAACCAAUCCACUGUUCCAGGACUAUCAACGUAAAAUAUCCCCAUUCGCUUGGAGCCUUGUAGCUGAAAAGAUCGGGAUUGUUACAAAGAAGAAAAUCUCGUACAGCUACAUUCAGAAGGAUGAAGUGUACGACAUCAAGUCGAGGAACUACAAUUACCGGACUCGUACUGAUUUGACCAAGUGCACUUGUCAAUUUUUCUCGAAUUAUGGACUGCCCUGUCGCCACAUCAUAUUCUUCCUCAUCAAAGACAAGAAGGAAAUAGAAGCUAAUUAA